CAAUUAUCCAUAAUAUCCAGGUCAGGCUUGUACUCUCUGUCUGUACCCGAGAUCCUGAGACUGUACCUCUCUCAUCAAUGGAGGCUCAGAGUAGACAGAGUCGUAUCCCUAAGUUUGGUUUUGGUUUUAAGAAACUAUUAAAUGGAGACAAGUCCAAAGACACCACUCCUCCAUCAUCAGGUAGUAACCUCUCUUCUCCCUCAGUGGCCAGGUCUAAAUCAAUGAGAGUCCCUCGUACCCAGGUACCCGCAAUCGUUAAGAGAGACCACAGUAACUCUAUUGAUAAUGGAGAUGAGCCUGCUCCAUUAUUAAUGAGUAAUAGAGAACAGCUCCCUCCUCCUCCUUCCUUACUGCGUCCAAGAUCAAAGACCCUAUCGUCACGUUCCCAUCCUAACAGUCGCUGUAAUUCACCUCACAAUGACCCCUCCCCUCCCAGCGGAGGAGGUACUGGUAUAACCAGUUCAACAGGUUCUGUAAACGAGACUCCACUGAUAGCGUCAGUGGGGGAGGCGGGGCCUCAUUAUUAUAAAGGAAGGCACACUCGUAGCCACUCCUUUGGAUCUAAGGAAAAACAAUUAAUUAAUAAUCGGCCACCAUCCGCUAGCUCCAUGAACCGUCGUACCAUUAACAAGGGACCGUCUGCCGGUAUACUCGCGACCAAUGUACAGGGUAAAGGUCGUGUAGUCCCGUCUAGCAGUCGAUUGGUCAGUGAGGGCAGUGGUAGGGUGAAGGUUAAUAGAACUAACAGUAACACUGAUCAACCUGAUGGUAAUGUGGUGAGUGGUGGGGGGUCUAGGGGGACUGGGGUAUCAGAUAAGAACACACUGACAACUGGUAGUGGUGGGCGGGGCAAGAGACCAUUCUCAUUUCAUGAAGGAUCACCUGAUUUGAAUCAGUUAGCGAGUGAGAUGAGUCUUGAAGACGAGAAUACAACAGCAGCUGCUGCUGGUAGGACUCACAGAGAACCUGUUAAGAGACCCACUGCUGGACAAGGUACAAGGAUGGGUUCCUCCAAGUUACGCCCUCCAACUGUUAAACGUAAUUCAACUGACGAUAUUAAUAGACCUUCAUCAGCUGCUUCUAAUUAUAUGAUCAACGAGUCUAGGGGUGUGUCUCGUCCUCGUUCAGCUGCUGAUGUUCACAAGGUUCAUGUUGGCCCUCCUCCAACUCAAAGACAGUCCUCAUCUCAAGGGAGUAGAAGCUCCACCCCCUCCAGUGGGCGGAGCACACCUCUAUUUAAAAAGACUGAGGCUGGUAUAGCGGAGGAAGAUGAGUACAUUAAUGAGGAAACUAGACCACACCCAUCGACACCUAACAGACCACCACAAUAUCGAACACCAUCCUCCGUCAGACUGGGAAGGACUCCAGUGAUCAGAUCCAGCCGGAGAAGUGAUUCAUCAGAUUGCAGUGGAGUACUAUCGGUAGGUGAGUCAGGAGUGGGUCUUAACGAACUAGAAGGAGCAGUAUUGAUUGAUGCUGAGGACUAUAGACGAAUGGUACAAGAAGUGAAGACACUCAAGACAAUGUUACUGAGACUAAAGAGAGAACUGGCAGCUGAUGGUGUGGCAACUCCUCCUUCUACUCCUCCUACUUCAAUGAAGUCCAGUGUGGUCCGUUUAAAGCAAGGGGGCGGGGCUAAUAAUGCUGAACUACUUAAUAAAAUACAAAAGCUGACAUCAGAGCGUGACAAAGCCCUGUCCGAUAUUGAGGAUUCUAAAAAGGAGCAGAAACUGCAACAGGCACAACUUGAGACACUUAAAUCAAAUCUUGAGACUCAACAAAAAGAUAACACGAAAUUGAACAAUAAACUAACGGAACUCGAGACACACAGAGAGUACCUUUUAGACAGGUUGGAGAGGCUCCAUGCUGAUAAGCACAAGGUAGAGGACAGGUUGAACACUCUUGAGAAGUCGGCUUAUUAUGAGAGAACAGUUCUGGAGGGAAUAUCUCCAGCUGGUCAGGAGGACACUGUGGAUGGACUUAUGGUUGAUGAUGACAUUGAAAAUGGACUGUAUUAUGAUGAUGAAGACGCCACUUAUUAGAGUACCAGAUCUUCCUUGCAGUAUUGAUUUAUUUUCAUGUACGAUAUUGUUAUUAUUAUUGUUAUUUUUGUUAUUAUUAUUAUUAUUAUUAUUAUUAUUGUUAUUAUUAUUUCAUUCAGCCGUUCGAACAAAUUGCAAUAAUUUUCUUUUAUCAUUUCAUACUUUUGUAGCUUCCGUCUCUUUUUUGUAAAUCUUUUUACGCGUGACGUCAUUUAGAAAUCAUUUUCAUAAAACCUUUUGUUUUGACAAUUUCA